GAAAGAUUUACAGCCUGUUCCACGAUCUCGAAAGAAAAUUUGUGCGAACGAAGGCUACUCACUCACUUUCGCAUAAGAAUGCGUUCCACUAACUUUCGUUCUUUCUUUCGCAUAGCCUUACGUGAUUCAGUGUUGCAAAAUAUUUUUUGGCAAAAUUAAUCGCGAAAUAAGGCAAAAAAAAGCGCCAAAUGUCUAAUUUAAACGCGAAAAAGCAGCAGUGGCUCUGUCUCAACUGACAGUUCAGUUGUAAACAAACAAAUUGUAAAUAAACAAACAAAAUAAAAUUUCUAGUGAUUGAGUUCAGAUUAUUUGUGUUCUUAAAAAAGAAAAAAAUGAAUAUUUCUGUGGCCCUGUUUUUUAUGGAUGAUGAGGAGGAGGUACAAAAUGUGCCACGGAGGCAUUUAAGAGAUGCUUCGAAUUUAUUUGAAGUACCUAACAACCAGUUUGUGGCCAAUUUUCGUGUGUCGAAGGAAGUUUUUCGGGCUCUUUUGGAUAUGAUGGAAGAGAAGUGGGUGGCCGGUUGCAGAACUACCCAAAUCCGCCCCGAUUUAAAACUUGGCACAUUCUUGCGGUUUUUGGCAACAGGAAGCUACCAACAGAAUCUAGGGAACGAAGCCUUGACUUCAACAGCGAAGUCGACAGUGAGCAGAACCAUUGCGGAAUGUCUGCAGAUUUUUGAGGACCACGUUUGCGACCAAUGGAUAAAAAAGCCGACACUUACAGAGGAACGCAACACAAUGGAGGCUUUCUAUGAAAGAACAAUGUUCCCUGGAAUUGUUGGAUGCGUUGAUGGCACGCAUAUCCGCAUCAAGUCACCAGGGGACGAAUUGAAAGCCCUUUACUAUAAUAGAAAGGGUUAUUAUAGUAUAAAUGCAAUGGUGAUAUGUGACCAUAAAAUGCGUAUAACAUUUGUCGACGCUAGACAUCCCGGAAGCAACCAUGAUGCAUUUGUAUGGGAAAGGAGUGAUCCAGACAAGUGUAUGCAAAGGGAGUUUGACAAUGGAAAACGAAACUUUUGGAUUCUCGGGGAUGGAGGAUACAAAUUGAAGCCCUUUCUUAUGACGCCUUACCGCAGCCCUAGAGAUGUCGCCGAGAAAAAAUUCAAUAAGAGACAUGCUAGUGCGCGUAACGUCAUUGAAAGGUGCUUUGGGGUCCUAAAAAACAGAUUCCGAUGUAUCAUCGGAUCUCGGGGCCUUCAUUAUGACGCUGCAAAGGUAGUGCAAAUUAUAAAUGCAUGUUGUGCGCUGCACAACAUGUGCAUACACUACCGAUCUGAAGAGCCGCCAGGUGAUGUUAUUGAUGAUGAUCUGGAAGACGAAGUGGAUGACAAUAAUGAUCUUGAAAGCAGAGCUGACGCAAUAAGGAGAAAAAUUGCAAUAAAUUUGUAAAAUUAAAAGAAUUUUUUAUUAAAAUAAAAUAAUAUAAAUUAAAAAUUAAAAAAU